GUGGCAAAGCACAGACUUCCUGUUUCACCCACAGGCACACGCGUUUUUCUCAGCUCUCCAAGAGUGACCCUGGCCCAGUUCCUGGACCUGGAGAGGGGCAGGAGCAAGAGGCAAGGAUGUUCACUGUGACCAGGGCCAUAGAGGAGACACUUCUCCAGCACUUCAUACACCAGAAGCUGGAGAUCGCCUACGCCAUAUACAAGCCAUUUCCCUUCUUUGAAACCCUCCGAGACAACUCCUUCAUCACGGAGAGGAUGUACAGGGAAUCUUUGGAAGCCUGUGGACAUAUGGUCCCUGUAUCCAGAGUGGUGUACAACAUUCUCACCAAACUGGAGAAUACGUUUAACCUUUCACUUCUGGAGAUGAUGUUCAGCCGAAUUAACCUGCAUGAAUACCCUGACCUGAUGACGAUUCUCAAGAGCUUCAGAAACGUUGUUACUUCCUACGGAAGACAGAACAGAACCACGCCGAGCCUCCGGGAAGCCCCAGCCCACCCAGCAGAAGAGAGCUGCCUCCAGACCCUGGCGCUGCCACCCCCACCCCAGCACCCUGCAGUGAGCCACCCGCUCCAGGCCAAUAAGCCCGGAGCACCCACGGGACACAGCGCUGAGAUCCUGGCUGAGCCACCUCCUCCUUCUGGCCCUGCCAGAGUCACCCAGGAAGAAAAGAUGGUUCCAGACAACUUAACAUCCGAAAUGAAUGAAGAAGACUCUCAAGAGAUGCCUGGCAGUCCCAUCACCAGUGUGCAAGCGGUGAGAGAUGAUUCUCCUGAACGAAAUGACCCAACAGAGCCCCAGGAGGUGCCCAGUGUACCUCCCAACAAGAAAGGAAAGAAAAGAAAAAGAAAUAUCUGGGCAACUCCAAAAAAGAGAUACAAGAAGAAAAGACUCCCAAGAGCAGCCUCUCCUGGCCACGGAAUCCAAGAGGAGCUCCAAGCAGUGGAUCAGGCCACUCAGAGGAAGGACGACUCUGCCAGGGACUCAAAGGUCACGAGCAGGGCCCAAAAGGCACGGACUGACUGUGCCCAGACGUCUGGACCGGAGGAUCCCAUGGAUAAUGGAAAUAAGCUGUCUUUGGGACAAUCUCCUGGGGAAAAGCAAAAGAGGAGAGAAAAAAACAGCAGGUCAACUUCAAAAGGAAAACAGAAAGAAAGGCUCCCGAGAGCAGCCUCUCCUGGCCACGGAAUCCGAGAGAAGCUCCAAGGGGUGGAUCAGGCCACUCAGAGGAAGGACGACUCAGCCAGGAACUCAAAGGUCAUGACCAGGGCCCAAAAAGCAAGGACUGACUGUGCCCAGACGUCUGGACCGGAGGAACAACCCAAAGAUGAAACCGUGGAUUUUCACGCUCCUAAGCUUCCUGUGACCUGUGGUGAGGCAAAAGGGAUUUUAUAUACGAAGAAAUUGAAAAAAGGCUCUUCAGAGAAGUGCAUUCAGAAUGAGAAGGGAGUUUGGUUCACUCCAAAAGAAUUUGAAAUUGAAGGAAAACGGGCAAGUGCAAAAAAAUGGAAGCAGAGUAUACAUUGCAGAGGGAAGACCCUAAAACAACUGCUGAAGGAAGGAAUUUUGGUAUGUCCUCCAAGACAAAGUCUCAAGAGAAAGGUAAAUAGCAGCGCAGCACCUUUGCGUCUCCCUUGCUGUCUGGCUCUGUCUGUGUGAGAGACCUGACGCUGAUACUCCAAACGUGCUUUGCGGCUGCCCCGUGGUGUGCUUCUCCCAUGACUUAAGGCAAAAUGGGCAGCUGGCAGGCAGCCACUGGCUCCGGCACUGCGGGAGCCUCCUCCUCCAGAAGGGGCCGGUGUGUAGCCAGAAGAGGCUGCUCUGCUGGUGUAUCAUGUGGGACUGAGGACAGCUUCUGCAUUUUGGUUUUUGAUGUUUUGUUUGUUUAUUUUUGACAGAUUCUAGAGCCUUUCUUUGGAGGGGUCCCCAUUUAAAGUGGACCAAUUUGCAAGUUACAGCAUAAAUGGGUAGACCAAAAAUCUGUAAAUGAGGAACAUGUUACCUCCAGAACUCAACAGGCCUCAAAGAUGUUGGGCAGGUUUGUGGGUAUUGAGAGAGUCAAUAAUUGUCUCUUGACUGUCAGGAAUGGAGCAGCCCACCAAAUAAUGCCCAGAAAUUUGCUGAGCUGGGACGGCACUGUAUUAUGUAUACAGCGACAGCCCAUCUUUUUUUAUGAGCUCCUUUGUGAGUAACUGUAUAUUCUGAAUGAGUACGUCCGUCACAUGAGAAGAAUGUCAUUGGUGGGUGUCAAACUUGUGCUCUUGGGGACAGUUGGAUGCAGUUAAGAUCUUGCCUGCCGAGGUUGUGUGUGAUAGCAAAGCUGUUGAGAUAAUACCCCGCGGUAGCCAGGUCCAAGGGGCUGUUGCCUGCAGAGGUGAAAGUAAGCUGCAGCUGAGAUGCUGUUGAAAUGGGCACUGAACAGAACAUACUAGCCAAAUGCAUGACAGCAGAGUACUUACUGGUUGCUAAGUGGAUGGCAUCAGUAAUUACAAUAAUAUUGAAUAUAGGGACUUUUGUGAGUAAUUGUAUCCCACAAAAAUUAACAAGGUACCCUUUACACUGUCAGGGUAGUUACCAAUAAAAUAGAGGACAAACAGGUGUACCUCACCUUAACCAUCAAACUGUUGCCUUACCUAAGUGACCCAUGGUCGUAGCACCAUUGCCCUAAAAUGGUGGACAAGCACGCU